UGAAUUUUAUUAUAUAAUUUUCAUCAGUGAUUGACCCGAAUGCUUAUUUAUUUGCAAGAGGGGUUCGUGAAUUUGUAACCAUUGGCUGAUAGAAUAGAUAUAUAUCUAGCCUAAAUUGGCCAUUCUCAGCUCAAGAGAAAACAGAAGGUGAGUUUUCCUUUUUUUGGUAGUGCUGAGGGUAAGAUGGAAGUAGUGCAUCCGGCGGCCGAGGCUCUUUUGGAAAGAGGGACAACUUCCCGUGACGACAACAGUACGAUAAACGAUACGAUCAUUACUGAUCACGAAAGUAGUCAUGAGAUGAGAGGAGAUAACAAUGGCAAGGAGGCUAAGAAGAGUGUCUACUUGGAUGAGAAUGCAGGAAUAUGGAAAUGUCGACACUGCAUUUGGACCUACCAAAUUAGAAACACUUGGGUUGAUCAUAUUCAUCGAAGAUCUUUCGAUUUUGGAAUUAGAGGUACUGCAAUUGAACGGUCGCUUUCGGAGAAAAAUUCCGGUAUCGUGGAUGUCGACGAUGUUCCGAAGAUUCUAAAUUCCGUCAUAAACAAGACACUUAUUUUGGAUGCUCCACUUUCGGGCUCAUUACAGAAGGAAGGAAUUAUGAGUUCAGAGGGUUCAAGCAAAGGACCCGUAAAGAUUGAUUUAGUAGAAGAAAAUGAAGAGGAAAUCCUAGAGCUGGAAUUCGAGAGGGCAGUUGGGAAAAUGCAUACACACAAUAUAUACUGUCCUAAUUGCAGUUCUGAGGUUACAAGAGUUAUUCUUCGUAGGAAAAAACCUCAAAUUAAAAAUGAGAAACAAAUGGGAUUGUUAGGAUGUUUAUCGUGCUUCAGCAUUUUCAUUCCUUCAGGGAAUACCCUAAAUCCUUUCCGAUGUUUUGGAAGUAAAGAAGAACCGGAAGGCACAAGAGUUCCGUCAGGUGCUCCCGCGAAUGAUGAGGGUGAAACCAUAGUGAAGAAAGGAGGGGUUUUCGACCUGUUUUGGAUUUUUGGGAAGCGAGGAGAAAACGAAAAUGCACAGACUUAUCAUCAGCAAGCAGGAGAAAACGAUGAUGAUCACAGUGAACAAUUGAAGGAAGAUGAUAACGAAGGCCUAACUAGCUCCAAGGCUCGUGCUCGUCCACCAUAUGUAACUUCAUCACCUGCAAAUGAAGCAAAUAAAAAUGAGGGAUCCACAUCUUAUACGACCCAUGGGCCCAAUAUACCUGAAAAUCAACCUCAAGUUCCUCCACCUGGAGUAUCUAACUCAGAGGGAGAUCAGAUAGAUUUACUUAUACAAAAACCAGGACCUGGUCCUACAACUGUAGUCCCUCCAGGAUUCUUGGAAGAUGGUUCGAAAUCAUUAGAAAUUCUAAAGAGUAUUGUUUAUGGAGGUCUAGUGGAAACAAUCGCAAGCUUAAGUAUAGUGUCAUCUGCAGCUGCUUCUGAAACUGCCACAGUGAACAUUGUGGCUCUUGGAUUGGCAAAUGUGAUUAGUGGAAUAUUUGUUAUUGCUCAUAAUCUGAGGGACAUGAAGAACGAGUGUCCAGUACCAGACUCAAAUGAAAAAACAGAUAGAUACCAAGAACUGGUUGGCAAGAGAGAGAACUUCCUAUUCCAUUUCACUUUUGCCCUUUUAUCAUUCCUUCUAUUUGGCCUAAUCCCUCCUGCAGUUUACGGCUUGGCAUUCGAGAAGACUGGCAAUAAAGAUUACACGAUUAUAGCAGUUGCAGCAGCUUCUCUUAUAUGCAUAAUUCUUCUUUCAAUUGGAAAGGCUUAUUGUAAAAGGGAACACAGAUUUAUUGCAUACUUCAAAACAAUUUUGUACUAUAUCAGCAAUGCAGUUGCUGUUUCUGGUGUUGCCUAUGCAAUGGGAGAUCUAAUCAAGAUACUUGUUGAGAAGCUUGGCUGGUUUGAGCCAAGCUCACCUACACCUACUACUUUGCUCAAUUCCAGGAUAUAUUCUACCACUCCAUACUUGUCUUAUUCUUGAUGUCACGAGAGUCGAAUUAGACUAAGAACUUUAGGCUGUUUUAGUUUGUUGUUGUGUGUUUAGGAUCAUAUAUUAUGUUGUUUGUCAGUAUUUCCCUUUCUUGAAGUUAACUCGGUUUUGUAUUAUGUGAUGUAUGAAAUUAUGUCGGCUGUAUGAAUAAAUUUCAAUGUUUUUUUCUUGCAUUUUAAA